CAUGGAUGGUAUGUGAUGGCGGUGGCUCAAUGGUAUGGUAGGCGAUCAAUUGCCCGGCAGAGGAAAAAAGGAAGCCAUGCCCGCCGCGGCAAUAUUCGCUCCGUCUCCGCCGGGGACACGACACGCCUCCCGUUCGUUCUUUCCUCCCUUUUCUCCUCCCGUCCUGCUAUAAUAGAGCCGCGAGAGUCUCGGCGCGGCCUCCCACACCCUCCGGAAACAAAGACCGGCGUACGGAGCGGCGAGAGCGAGCGAGAGAGAGAGAAGCCAAUGGCCGGUGAGCAGAGCGCAGCGGCCAAGCCGGCGGCGUCGGCCCUGUCGAAGGGCGCUCCGUCGCCGUCGUUCCGCCUCCGCAAUGGGAGCCUGAACGCUGUGCGGCUGCGUCGCGUGUUCGACCUCUUCGACCGCAACGGCGACGGCGAGAUCACGGUGGAAGAGCUGGCACAGGCGCUGGACGCGCUCGGGCUGGAGGCGGACCGCGCUAGCCUCGCCGCCACGGUGGGCGCGCACGUCCCGGAGGGGGCCUCCGGGCUCCGGUUUGAGGACUUCGAGGGCCUCCACCGCGCGCUCGGGGACGCGCUCUUCGGCGCGCUGGCCGACGACGGCGAGGAGGGCGGCGGUGGGGAGGACGAGGAGGAGAUGCGGGAGGCGUUCAAGGUGUUCGACGUGGACGGCGACGGCUACAUCUCGGCGUCCGAGCUGCAGGAGGUGCUCAAGAAGCUGGGCAUGCCCGAGGCCAGCAGCCUGGCCAACGUCAGGGAGAUGAUCUGCAACGUCGACCGCGACAGCGACGGCCGCGUCGACUUCGGCGAGUUCAAGAUCAUGAUGCAAGGGAUCAACAUGUGACGCGCGCCGGCGUGCGUUCUUCUUCGCCGCCCGAUCAUGAUCGAUGAUGCGAGCGAUCAUCCUCGGAGAUCGAUCACCCCCGUUUAUGUACGUACCUAGUAAGCUUGAAGAAAAAGCAGCUAUUUGUUUCGUAAUAUUCGUCCAAGCUCCAAUGCUCAAAUGCAACUGAUGUAACCUCUGAAGCUCCAAAAACAUGGAGAAGACAAGAGAUUGCAAGGUUAUUUAGGUUUCGUACGAUUACUCUCCAAGGUUUCAGACUGCUCCCAUGAAAUAUUUUUGUGUGUCUAA